AUGAACGCUACUUCUCCUUACCAAAACCCUAACCCUAACCCUAAUCAAAUCACAUACAGUGCUACUACUGACCAGCUUAAUGAAUUUCUCGAUUUCGAAUUCUCGGAUUAUUUCGCAUUUGAUGGUGCGUUCGAAGAAGAUAUGACAAAAAGAUCUGAGAAUGUGGAAAGCAGCUUCACUGGAUCUUCGAGUUCAUCAACUCCAUUAGAUAGUAACAUAAGAAACGAGGAGAAGUGCCAGUCAAAAGAUGAGUUUAGGUUUGCAUUUAGAACAAAAUCAAAGCUGGAAAUUAUGGAUGAUGGAUUUAAAUGGAGAAAAUAUGGGAAAAAGAUGGUCAAGAACAGCCCGAAUCGUUCCAUACAUUUCGGAAGUUAA